GCAUUUGGGUUUUGUAGUCAAACUUACCGUCCCUCCCCUCCUCCUCUCCUGAACUCCUCCCCGUACUCGCGGCUUCGUUUCCGGGUUAACAGGCCUCCCCUUUCCCGGGAUGCUUUGUGGGCGCGGGACUUUUCGGAGUGGGAGGCGGCGGCUGGAAGCUCGAAGAAAUCCCCACAGGGACUGUGGCACAUUUGAAGUAUAGACAUGUGUCAUCCCUCCAGGUGUUUGUGUGAUCAGAAUAUUUUAUGGUAUCCUUUGAGAAAAAAAAUUUUGGAAUCAUCCUCUUUGGAGCAGUUUGCACCCCAAAAUCAAAUUCACAUAAAGAUCUUGUAUUGUUGAAAGACAACAGCAGAAGAGAAAUGUCAUCUAAUGAGCAAGAGAAGCUUUUAUCUUACAAUGGGGAAGUCCUUAUUUUUCAACUGUCACAAGGAGACUUGGCAGAAGAAGGGACUGAAAAAACAUCCAAAUUACAUGUGAGAAGAAUGACAUUUAAUAGAAGCACAAGAACAUUUAUUCAGAAGUCCACUGGUAUAUUUAGCAUGCAUGGAGAACACUCAAGUUUUGAAAUGAUUUGUUGCAGCUGUACAGCAGACUUCAGAACAGGAAUUAAUCUCCCUUGUGUUUUGAUAAGAAGAAACAAAAAGAAAAGUGUUUUUAAAUAUUUUUUAUUGUUACUUCACAGUUCUAAUGAAUUUGAACAGCAAGUGAAUUUUACAUUAGACUAUGAGAUGAAGGAUGACAUAAAGAUACUUAAUGGCCCAUCAGUCUUGUGGAGACGUAACAAAACUUCCUUUUAUAUUUCUUCCCAAAAUGACACAAUUGUCAGUGCUCCAGUUAAAUUUUCUUCCAUCAAGUGGGCAGGGGAGGUUGAAAAUCUAGGUACUAUUUUAUUUGGAGUAGGAGAACCUCAUUCCACUAAAAGAGAAAGUAGCCAGAGAUCUUCAAAGUCAGAUUAUGCAGUUUGGGGAACUGAAUUUUAUGCUUAUUCUAUUGAAAAUCAAAAAAUACUAAGUGGUGCAUAUUUUUUGCCUCAUGCUUAUGGCAGUGUGGUAACUUGUAUACAUAUUUGUGCAACUAAAGUAGUGAAUACUGUGUUAAGAAUUUCACUGAUUGUUCUAACUCAAAAGAAUCAGCUUAUUUGGUUCCAAGAUGGUGUCCCUAAAAAUAUGUGCCAGCUUCCAUUUCAGGAUCCCUGUGCAUUACAAGUUAUGACUUCAAAUGGUGGAGACUUACUCUGUAUUAUAUCAUUUAAGUCCGGUGAUGUUUGUGCCAUCUGGAAAAAAAGCUUUCAGGUUGCAUCCAAGUGGCAUCAAGUUAAAUCAGUUCUGGUAGAUGACUUUAUUGGCACUGGAACUGAACAAUUGUUGCUAGUUUUUAAUGAUACAUUCAAUACAAAUUGUCUGACUUCAUUCAAGAUAACAGAUCUUGGUAAUGUGAACUAUUCGAAUGAUGCUUUUGAUCCCAUGGAGAAUGACUUAUUUGAAGACAACCUGCAAGAGAAUUAUUCUCUUACAGUCCAGGCUCUGGAAAGAAGAUUGCAAAUUGGUUUGGCAUCUAUUCAAGAAUUGCAGAAGCAUCUCCUACUUAAGGAAAGAGUUCUUUCAAAAUCUUGCAAAGCUUUAGUAGGCCUUGUUCAAGGGAAAGAAUAUAUUCCACCAUGCGAAGAUGAGGAUGUUCUUGUUUCUCUCUGUGGUGAUAAAAAAAACCUUCCCCAUUCCUUGAAUGAAAAGCUGUCAGACACAUCUCGUGAUUCAAAACAUAUAAUAGAGAAGAUGUGGUAUCGUGUGCUGGAUGACCACUUGGUUGUUGGAGUAGAAAUCAAGAAUUCUUUUAUAUCAUUCCUAAAUGAUGUGACUUUAUCAUUGUUAAUGGAUCAAGCAAGUAUUUCCAACCCUCCACUUAUUCAGUGUAAAAACCGUAUGAUCAAGUUGGAUAAGGUGUCUUUCCCUACAACAUUGUCAUCUCCAUGUGAAACUGAAUCAGCGGCAAAAAGAAUUAAAUUGAUCAUUCAUAGCAAGGAAAGAAAAAACAAUUUUCAUGAACAGUCAUCUGAGGCUGACUGCAUCCAGGUAUUUACAGUUGUUACAGCUCUUUCACCACUUUUGGCAUUCCAUAAUUUUUGUUGUAUUGUAAUGCUACAUGCCAGAUGGGGAGAAAACAGUGGUCGGUUUGGAGAGAGCUGUACUGUACCUUGUGGGAGACUUUCUUUAAGUAUAGAAGACAUUUCAAAUGGAAAAUAUUCGGUAACCUUACCAGAGAAGAAUAAACCUUUGAAAGAACCUAUGGAAGAUCUCUUUGCACUUCUUGCAGUAUUUCACAAAUUUUCUUUUCAAAUAACAUCACCUGAUUGUACGUUGACUUCAGUGAAAACAUGGCUUCUUGGACACAUGGAAUGUGAAACAAUCAAAGAAUUUCCAGAUAGCUUCUUUUGUAAAAGUCUAGGAGCUUUGCAUGGGACACUUUUCAACUGGAAACAAAAAACACCCUUUGAAGGAAUUUUAACAAUAUAUUGCAGGAAUCAAACAGCUUUGUUCCAGUGCCUUCAUGCUGUCACCCAAGUUCUCCCUAUGAAUUGUGUGAUAAAACAACCAAAAUCAGGAAGCAAGGAAUUCCUUACUAACCAGUUGGCACUGUUUUUAGAGAAGGAAAUCGUUACCCUUAAGAAUUCUUUUUCUUCAGCGAUAUCUGAAGUUGACCGCAACUUGGCACAAAGGUGUGAAAUAAUCAAGAAAAACAGCAGCAGCAGCAUGCCAAAGUCUUCUUCAUCGGGCACAGAGGAAGCAGUACAGCAGAUCAGAGAAGAGCUUCAGCAGGAAAAGGAACAAAUCAUGUGGGCCAGGAACCUAACACUGAGCAGUGCUAUUUACAGAGAAAUUACUUUGAAAGUAGCAGAGAUUCAGCUGAAAUCAGACUUAGCUGCUCAGAAAUUGAAUAAUUAUUAAGUGUUAUACGCAUAAAUGUUUAUUUAACUGCCACAGUAAUUUGUGUUCCAUUUGUUUUUGUUUUACAUCAUUGUGGGUGAUCCCUUUAGAAAAAUAAAGACAAUUUUUUUUUGUCUCUU